CUGGUAAUCAGUUUCCUCGGAGAAUGUACAGACUUAAAGCUUGUCUAUAUUUCAGGGAUUAGUUCGAAACUGGCUUUCGUUCAAUUCAGAGGCUGCGCAUAAUAAUGCUGACAAAAUACUUGGGAUUACUUUUGCUAGCUCAGUUCGUUCUGGCAGCGCCCAGCCAACCCAGUCAGGAGUCCUUAGACCUCAACGAUCCAGUCCAAAGAGAUCUGCAACAGAAGGCCAAGGAGGAAUCAGUACAUCUUCUUGAUUCUCUGUUUCGCUCUCAAAUCGCCUACUUCACAGAAGUUAAGUCGCACCUGGGCCCCCAAACAAAAAGGUUCAGAGACAUAACCUUGUACCUGACCCGUUUAAAUCAAGCUGUGGCCCAGAAAGAUCUGGAAACCAAGGAAAAAAUUUGGUUCAAUGUCUUUGAAGAGUUUAAGGAAUCUCCACUGUUGCUGAAUCGGGAAUCCGAGACGAAUCUCAGCGAUGUGCAGUACAAGCUCCUGCUAACUGGAAAGAAAUUACAAGACAUAUCGUCACAGUUCAUAGCGGAUGUCGGAGGUUACGUCUGGAAGAUGGCUAAGUUCAGUGGCCAAGUCGUUGAGAAUCACAUAGACGGUCUGUCAAAAGCCUCCCAAACAUAGUUUUAUUGUGAAAAGAAAAGUAAUAAACCGUAAACUGUUUAUUCACGCAA